GUAUUUUUGCGUGCUGCUCUUUAUUAUAUAUCAUUAUUACAACAAUAAUAAUAACAAUAAAAAAAUUUAAAAAAUAAUAAUCAUAAAAAUUAUUGAUGUUAACAACACAUUUUAAUAAAAAAAAAUCGUUUCGAGCACAAGAAAUUUAACAGAAAGAACAUACGAAAAGUGAUAAAAAAAAUAUUAACAAAAGUGCAAAAAAAAAUUAUAUCAAAAGUUCAAUCAUAUAUGUUAAUAAAAAAAAUAUAAAUAACAAACAAAAAUCAAGCAAAUUCAUUUGCGUACCUGUGCGAAUCAAGAAAAAAACGAUCAGAUCAGCAAAAAUUUCUUCACAGAUAAACAUUUUAAAAACAACAACAACAACUAGAGAAAAAUUAAAUAUUUCAAACAACUUGCGAAAAAAAACUACAUUUACUGAACAUCGAAUCAACAAGUUCCUAUAUGUUAUAUACGCAACAAGAGAGAUAUUUACUUCAAUUUGCCAUUUCUUCUCAUCGCAUCCCGUCGUAGCUGCUGCUGCUGCUGAUCAACAACAUAAUAAAUAAAAUAAUACUACGAGUAAAUACAAGAAAGUGAAUCUAAAAUAAAGUAUUUUUAAAUUGUGAGAGGGAACACAAGGGAAUCUAUAUAAUAAUAAAUUAAUAUAUAUUUUAUAUAUGUAUGCAUAUUUGAGAAAUAGUGCAAUAUCGUAAAAAUAAUAAUAAUAAUACAGAAGUUAGUGUGUAUUUAUUAUACAAGUGAUACGUGAUGUGCAACGCAAGAAAUAUGGGUGAGUGUGCAUAAAAUACGCUCGAAAGAAGAAAAACGGAGAAUUAUUUACGCAGAUUGUAAAACGAAACGAAUAUUAUCAUUAUUUAUUGUUAUUAUAUAGUUGUUUCUGUGGUCCGUGUUACCAAUAUAUGUAAUAAUAAUCGUCGUCAUCGCUAAAGACGUCGAAGAAAAAAAAAUAAAAAGGAAUAUAACAAAAGUGAAUAAUAAUACAAGAAAAAAAAAAUAAGAGAAGAAAUAAAUAAAUAACGCGCACUCCCUCAAAGUGUUUUUAUUAGUAUUAUUAUUAUAUCGUUAUUGUUGGUUUUUUAACUGACUGGUACUCAAGUGGCAGAACGCAGUAGUUGUACUCGCCAAUAUACAAUAACGAUUCAGUUGCAAAUACUUACGAUCAAAUAGAAAGACUUGAAAUUGAAUUCACGCUGUUGGUAGAAAUUAAUGCAAAGACAAAGCGCAGUAAACAAUUUCUUUGGCUUAGGAACACAUGUUAGUGCCCGAUACUGAUCAGAGUCUUGACGAUCGAGGGCCCCCGACGGGGCGAUGACACAAUGGCCGCCCAUAAGUGUGCUUCUGCUACUUUCGGUGGUGUUGUCACAUGCCCCGGGUAUCAGUGGCGGAAAAACAACAACAACAACGACGGCGCUGGGGCGUGCGCAAAACAAAACCGUCCUCACAGUCGGUUACUUGUGCGCCAUCAAAGGUGAUCUGAAAGGGCGCGAAGGUCUCGCCAUAUCGGGCGCCCUCACAAUGGCGCUCGACGAAAUAAAUGCCAGUGACGAUAUUCUGCCAAAUGUCCAUUUGGCGCUGCGUUGGAACGAUACGAAGGGCGAGACAGUAUUAGCGACGCGUGCCUUGACUGAAAUGAUUUGUGAUCGGGUAUCGGCUGUUUUUGGACCUGAGGGACCGUGUCACGUGGAAGCGAUUGUAGCACAAAGUAGAAAUAUGCCGAUGAUUUCUCACAAAUGUUCCGAUUACAUGGCUUCACCAAUUCCAACCUUUGCUCGUACCGAGCCGCCAGACACGCAGGUCACCAAGUCUGUGAUAUCAUUAAUUAGUUAUUAUAAUUGGAAGAAAUUUUCUAUAAUUUACGAGGAAGUUUGGUCAACAGUGGCCAACUCCCUAAAAGAUCAGGCGCAAAAGUCGAACAUGACGAUAAAUCACAUGGAAAAAAUCGUAAAUAUGCAAAAGUGCUGCGAAAAUGGCAUGGAGUGUUGUCGCAGUGGUCAUUGGUAUUCCUUGAUCCAAAAUACCAAGAACAAAACCCGUAUCUACAUUUUCCUGGGAUCAGCAAGCACACUUGUGGAUAUGAUGAAUACCAUGAAUUCCGUACAGCUUUUCGACAAGGGGGAAUAUUUGGUGAUUUAUGUCGACAUGAUGACCUAUUCUACAAAAGAAGCGUUUCAGUAUUUGUGGAAGCCUGAGGAACUGAGUAAAUAUAAAAACUGCAGCAACGAUGUGCAUUAUUUUAAUCGGGCCAGGAGUUUGUUGGUUGUUGUGUCGACGCCGCCGACAAAGAAUUUUGACACGUUUACGGCGAAAGUGCGCGAGUAUAAUAUGAAAGAUCCGUUUAAUUUUACGACACCUUCGAUUUUUAUCUGGGCAAAGCACGUAUCGAUAUACGCGGCAUACCUUUAUGAUUCGGUGAAAUUAUACGCACAUGCCUUGGAUAAGUUACUAAAAUCGGAAAAUCGCACAUUGACGGAUGAAGUGAUAUUUGAAGUCGCAAGUAAUGGAACGCGAAUCGUUGAGACCAUUAUUCACGAUGGCAGCUAUCAAAGUAUUACGGGAUCAACAAUCAAAAUUGAUCAAUUUGGCGAUUCUGAGGGAAAUUUCUCGGUUCUUGCAUUGCAGCCAUACAUGAUGAACGAACCUCUGCCGAUCAACUUUUCGUGCGAUCAUCUCAUGAUGCCCGUCGCUCAUUUCGAAGAAGGAGACGAUUUUCCACGUUACAAAUUGAUCAACAGUGCAACGUUGUUAUGGGCUGCACGCCCGGAUGACGAGCCAUCGUGCGGAUACAACAACGAACUUUGUCAAAAGGAUGACACUCAUGUGCAUUCAAUGGUCGUUGCUGGCGUCCUGGGAGUUUUGCUCUUUUGUGCGGGCGUUUUUACAAUGAGCAUCUACCGCAAAUGGAAAAAUGAGCUGGAAAUCAUGGGUUUGCUGUGGAAAAUCGAAUCGCACGAGAUCAAGGGAUACUUCAACAACGACAUUGUCUCGUCGCCGAGCAAACUGAGUCUCGUGAGUGCCGCUUCUUAUGGAUCGCGAUGCUCGCAGCAAGUUUUCACGGCAACGGGACGCUUCAAAGGUGUCGUCGUGCGCAUCAAAGAGUUGAAAUUCUCGCGGAAAAAGGACAUUUCUCGCGAUAUUAUGAAGGAAAUGCGCCUUUUGCGAGACCUGCGACACGAUAAUAUUAAUAGUUUUAUUGGUGCCUGCGUCGAGCCAAUGAGAAUAUUGCUAGUCACUGAUUAUUGUGCCAAGGGAAGUCUCUACGACAUCAUCGAAAACGAAGAUAUUAAGUUAGAUCAUCUAUUUAUUGCAUCAUUAAUACACGAUUUAAUUAAGGCAAUGAUUUACAUUCAUUCAUCCGCACUCGGGUACCAUGGCAACCUCAAGUCAUCCAAUUGUGUCGUAACUAGUCGAUGGGUGUUGCAAGUGACGGAUUUCGGGCUGCAUGACAUCCGCAAUUCGGCUGAAAGUGAGUCUAUUGGCGAACAUCAACAUUAUCGAAAUCUUUUGUGGAAAGCGCCCGAACUUUUGCGUGAUCCCCAUCAACAUGGUUCCCAAAAAGGAGACGUUUAUGCCUUUUCCAUCAUCAUGCAUGAGAUCAUUGGGCGCCGCGGUCCCUUUGGAUAUGCCUACGAACCCAAAGAAAUCAUAGAAUUAGUGAAAAAAGUACCGUUACCCGGCGAGGAACCUUUUCGUCCUGACACUGAAAGUCUUCUGGAUAUGGAAAAUGUGGGAGAUUACGUGAUUAAUUGCAUCAAAGAGUGUUGGGAUGAACAACCGGAAAAUCGACCGGAAUUCACAACGAUUAGAACUCGCUUAAAGAAGAUGCGUGGCGGCAAAUCGAAGAACAUCAUGGACCAGAUGAUGGAAAUGAUGGAAAAAUACGCAAACAACUUGGAGGAUAUCGUAAACGAACGUACUAGAUUACUGUGUGAAGAGAAACGCAAGACCGAGGAUUUGCUGCAUCGCAUGUUGCCGCAAUCUGUAGCGGAGAAAUUGACAAAAGGGCACGGCGUUGAGCCGGUUUCAUACGAAAGUGUCACAAUUUACUUCAGUGACAUUGUUGGUUUUACAGCGAUGUCGGCAACGAGUACCCCGUUGGAAGUGGUCAACUUUCUCAAUGACCUGUACACCGUUUUCGAUCGCAUCAUCAAGGGUUACGACGUUUACAAGGUCGAAACGAUUGGCGACGCGUACAUGGUAGUUUCUGGCUUGCCCAUUUUGAACGAUAAUCAUGCGGGUGAAAUCGCUUCCAUGGCUUUGGAGUUACUGCAGGCAGUACGAAGUCAUCGAAUUUCGCAUCGCCCGAACGAAAUCUUGAAAUUACGCAUUGGCAUCCAUUGCGGGCCUGUCGUUGCUGGCGUUGUUGGUCUCACGAUGCCCCGUUAUUGCUUAUUUGGCGAUACAGUGAACACCGCAUCUCGCAUGGAAUCGAAUGGCGAAGCGUUAAAAAUUCACAUUUCACCGCAAUGCAAAGCGGCGUUGGAUAAAUUGGGCGGUUACAUCACCGAAGAACGUGGUUUGGUGAAUAUGAAGGGAAAAGGAGACGUUUUGACACAUUGGUUAAUUGGCGCGAACGAGAAUGCCAUUCAAAAACGGAAUGUUGAUGUUGGCGAAUUACCGCCGCCGUUGUUCUGUCGUCCUCGGAAGAGCCCAAAAUUGAAUUAUGACUCGCGACAUCCAAGCAUGAUUGGCGGAAUUCACUUUGGAGGCGGCGGAAGUCGACGUCAUUCGAGCGCUUUUCGCGGCGGAGGCGAUAUGGAAAGCACUUACAGUCUUCAGGGAUCAUUUAUUGGACCACGUGACUCACCAAAAUUGAUAAAUCGUCGAAUUGAACGAAUCCCCUUGUAUUUGAACGAAGAUUCUCGCACAACUCUCGAGAAGCCCGAAGUCGAACAAACAGAUACAACCGAGACAACGAACGAAAAACGCCCAUUAGCGAUUGUGUCGCCGCGUCAACUGCUCCGUUCGAUCGCCUCUACCGACGAUUACAGCCGUUUUUCGAAUACGGACAACAUUUUGCGCGAAAGUCGUUCCUUAGACCCGUUUCCCAGUGCGUUGCGCAAACGAAAUUCCAACGAGGCGGCAAAACUCAACGAAAAAAUGAAGAAAAAGAGCUCCGUGUCACUCGAACAUGGCGUUUCAACGAUCAGCAGUCAUCCGAGUGGCGGCGAAUGCGAUACAACAUCCGAGCACGAGGCCCUUGUCGAUGCCCACAACCACAAAAUUGUCAACCAGGACGCCAUGUACAAAUAUUCCAACAACAAUUGCAACGGAUCCGCCAUGAUGAUGCCGAUGAACGAGGAUCCGAAUUGCCCGUUGUUGCGACAAACGUCUCUGACGAACCACGAUGCCGAAGAUAUUCCGUUUCUGACGAAAAAAUGGAAGUCCCUGGAGGCAGUUGCACUCGACGAAGACACAAGUAGCAAGACGUCGAUUACGAAGCGAUCAAUUAAAUCGUGGCUGGCGGGUAUUUUGCACGGAAAUGGCUUUAAAACGAGUGACGCAUCGUUGCGGAAAGUCAAUGCAAUUCAGACGGUGAAUACGGUGCCGGCUUUUAAUGAAAUGCAAAACAAUUCGCAGAAAGAGAGCAUUGUGUAGGAAAAUUCAAGAAGCGAACAAAACUUUUUCCUUUGUAUAAAAAAAAAACAAUUUUCUCAAAAAACACAAACAAAAGAAUAUUUUUUCUCAGGGAUUAUUUUUUAAAAAAUAUUCAUUUUUUUCCUUUUCUUCCGUUUUCUUGUAAAUUUUAUCUUUCCUCUCCGUUUCCCAAAAUGAAAAGCCAUACGAAAUCAGAGUGCCAUUAACCGAAAGUCAGAAUGGAAUAUUUAUAAAUAAAUCUAGUAGGUACUUAAAAAGUCUUUCUUAAAUAAAAAAAAAAACGAGUGAACGCGUCUCAACGGAUUUCUUUCGUACACAAGUCAUGUAAAUAUAAUUGGAUAAGUGUAAAAAAAUAUCCUGCUUAAUGUUUUAAUGAAAAAAAAAAAAUAAAUGAAGAGAUAUUGAAAGUUUUGUAAAAAAAAAAUAAAUAAAUAAAAAGCUCUGGUUCUAAAAAAUUAAAUAAAUA